GAGGCAAAAGCUAGACAACAAGCUGCAGCAGCUAAAAAAUAUGAUCUUACUAAAUGGAAAUAUGCUGAACUUAGAGAUGCUAUUAAUACAUCUUGUGAUUUAGAAUUAUUAGAUGCAUGUCGUGAAGAAUUCCAUAGAAGACUUAAAGUUUAUCACAGCUGGAAAUCCAAAAACAAGAAGAGAACUGAUGCUGGUGAUCAAAGAGCACCAAAUGAAUUGGUUCAAAAUGGUAAGAAAAUUAAAACCUCUGAACAUGCCCCUGCCCCUCCUCAACGAAGACCAGCAUCAGAAAAAGGUGCAGCCCAAAGAUAUUUCCGUAUACCAUUUGCUAAACCAUCUGAUGAAUAUAGAGAAGAGUCUGGUCCUAAAGGUCAUGGUAUGUGGUAUGCUCAUUUUGAUGGUAAAUGGAUAGCUAGACAAAUGGAAUUAUAUCAAGAUAAACCAGCUAUAUUAUUAUUAGCAGGAGUGGAUGAUAUACAGAUGUGUGAACUCAAUUUAGAAGAGACUGGUCUAACCAAGAAACAAGGAGCGGAAAUUCUAGAAAACGAAUUUGAAAAUGAAUGGCAGAAAAAUGGAGGGCCGGCUUAU